GGACAGUUUGAACAUGACAUGUUGCCGCGUCUUACGAUGACUUAUGAAUCAUGAGCGUGCAAAUAAAAGGAGGCAACCCACACCGAUCGGGGGAGGGACGUCCAGCUGUCCGGAGCCGUCCGGAGCUGUCCGGAGCUGUCCCAUCACGUUGCCGUGAAAAGUCUCGCCGCGUCUUGUACGGAUCUCCUGCGGCUGGUCGGUUCCAGCCAGGGGAGAAAGAAUUUUUUUCACGACGUGGGGCGGCAAAGCCCUGCUGUCGCUGAGGGAAUCCCAAGAGCAAGAGGAGCUGGUGUCCGAGGAGAAGCAGGGAGCGCGAUCCCGGGUCAAAGUUAAGAACGGCUCAUUCCACGCCACGGCGCGCGCAGAGUGAGAGUACACCGGCGUCAAGAACCGAGUCAGCCGGUAGGACGAAGUUUGUCUCAUGACAAGUUUCAGGCGGAGCGCCGCGCAUCCCAACCGCAGCGACCCUCAGAGCGGCUGAGACCGCAGAGCGACGCUCGCGCUCCUUCGCACCGUGAGCCGCGUGUGCGCGCUGGAGCUGUUGAGAGGAGACGCCCAUGAUCCGCGUGCGCGAGAGAGGAGCGUUACUCCAGCUUACCGCACCCAGCUCCCAACGCCGAUCAUGCUCCGGCUGUGGGUGCUCCUCCUGGGGCUCGUCCCGCUGCUCUCGGACCCGAGGCCGGUGGGGGCCGAUGAUGGCUGCUUCAGCGAAAAGAACUCCUUCUUCUGCGUGGGGGACGAAGUGCGUCGGAUGCCCGCCGUCAUCCCCAGCAACACCACCAGCGUGUUGUUGAAGCUGACGAAGCUCACGAUCUUACCACCGCAGGCUUUCUGGGGUCUGAACGAAGUGUCCAAAAUCACGAUGAUACAGAACGGGUUCCUGGAAGAGAUCGGAGCACUCGCCUUUGCCAACCUCUCUAACGUGGUUGAAAUAACAAUCACUGCAGCCAAACAUCUGGCUGUGAUCCAUAAGGAUGCCUUCUGGAAUCUACCGAAGCUGAGAUACCUGUCCAUCACGAACACCGGCCUCAAACAGCUGCCUGAUUUCACCAAGAUCAACUCAGCAGCAUAUGCCUUCGUGCUUGACUUCCAGGACAACCUGUACGUAGACGUGAUUCCACCCAACGCCUUUCUGGGAAUGACCACUGACAUUGUUGAGAACCUGAGACUGUCCAGGAACGGGAUCACUGAGGUGCAGAGCCAUGCCUUUAACGGCACGAAAAUGAUGAGGCUGUCUCUCAUGGGAAACCAGCCGUUAAGGCACAUCCACAGCCAGGCCUUCACGGGAGCAGAAGGCCCCGGUGUAUUGGACAUAUCGCAGACGGCUGUCAGCACCCUGCCGGAGAACAUGCUUCACGGCCUCAAGGUGUUGAAGGCCGUGGCAGUGCAGAACCUGAAGAAGCUGCCCAGCCCGAAGCUCUUCACUCAACUCAUCGAGGCCAACCUGACUUACCCGAGCCACUGCUGCGCCUUUGCCAACUUCAGGAGGAACAUGUCCACGCAGAGCCCAUACUGCAGUCUACCCGGCAUCGAGAAGGGAGAGCCAGGCUUCUUCAGGGAGUACUGUCAGACAAACAACGAGGUAUCCUGCUUCCCCAAGCCAGAUGCCUUCAACCCGUGCGAGGACAUCAUGGGCUUCACCUACCUGCGCGUGCUCAUCUGGCUCAUCAGCGUGUUGGCGAUUGCCGGCAACUUGCUGGUGUUAACCGUGCUGCUGAGCAGCCACUACAAGCUCACCGUGCCACGCUUCCUCAUGUGUCACCUGGCCUUCGCUGACCUCUGUAUGGGUGUCUACCUGCUGCUCAUCGCCACCAUGGACACCCACACUCGCUCGCAGUACUACAACUACGGAAUUGACUGGCAAACAGGAACUGGAUGCACCACUGCCGGUUUCAUCACCGUUUUUGCCAGCGAACUGUCGGUCUACACGCUCACGGUGGUCGCUCUGGAGAACUGUCACACCAUCUUUGCGCUCCAAGUGGACCAACGCACACAGCUGCGACACGUUCACGCCAUCAUGACCGUUGGCUGGGUCUUUGCCUUGCUGGCUGCCGUGCUCCCUGUGGUUGGGGUUAGCAGCUACUCCAAAGUGAGCAUCUGCCUACCGAUGGACGUGGAGACGACAGUAGCUCAGGUGUACGUGGUGGGGCUGCUGCUGCUGAACGUCCUGGCCUUCCUGGUAAUGUGCACCUGCUACGUGCACAUCUACAUGACUGUGCGCAAUCUCAAUUUUGUUCCAGCCGGUGCCGACAUCGACGUGGCGAAGUGGAUGGCCGUGCUGAUCUUCACCAACUUCCUCUGCAUGGCUCCCAUUUCCUUCUUUGCAAUCUUGGCCGCGCUCAAGCUACCCCUCAUCACCAUAUCCCACGCCAAAGUGCUGCUGGUGUUCUUCUACCCCAUCAACUCGUGUGCCAACCCCUUCCUCUACGCCUUCUUUACCACGACCUUCAAGAGGGACUUCUUCAUCCUGGCUAGCCGCUUUGGGUGCUUCAAAGCCAGAGCGCAGAUGUUCUGCACCGAGAUGUCCUCAUCCCAGAACAGAGUCUGGGUGUCCACCCAAAAAACCAGCAAUGAUACCCUCCACUCUCUGGAGCCACUUAACCAUAUUCACUGAGCUCUGACCCAAGCUACCUUAACCUUUGACACCUGCUCUUGUCAAUCUCCAUAUGAUAUUGACGGCAGAUACUGAAAGUCAUGAGUACUUUGUUGGAUUCCAAUGAUUAUGUGGAGUACUGAUGCUGAGCAGUUGUGCUUUUGAAUUUAUAAGUUGUGGUGUUCUUGGCGGUCAGGCAAUGAUUAAUGCAAAGUUAUCAUGAUCAGUAUCUAUUUUGUUGAUCAGUCAUUGAGUUUUGUUUUUCCAGUAUUCUGAGUUGUUAGUUUUACAUUUAUUCAUUUAGCUGAUGCUUUUC